UUGUAUUGGUGCGCUUCGCGUUUGACUCCGCGGUGACGUCACAGUCACUCGGCGAAGCUCGCGCUGACGUCAAAAAUCAUGUCACUAGUGCAGUCAACAGGGCUAGCAUGUACAGCAGUUCAUGUGCGCCGUGCGAACCGAUGUGCCGUUUGGUGACACUCCUUAUAUCGUCGUACUUUAACAGAUUAUUGUUCGCAUUGUACCAAAAUCCAAAUUAAUUGUAUUUUGGUUUUUGUAUUACAGUUUAGUGACUUUACAAUUAUAAUAGUUGUAUUCCUAAAGAAACUCCUUGAGAAAUUACAAGUGCUGUAAUUUGUACAUGGUCGACCAUGCUAGUAUGAUCGUCUGAUGCUUGAACCUGGGUUUACGAAAGCUUUUUCAGAAGUCUCAAGUCUUAACUGAAGUUUUAUAACUUCCCGGGUGACCAGAUCUGCUCAUCGACACUCGUCAUAGUCCUACGCACAAUACCUUCGAGUUUUGAAUUGCUGCCGUUCUGGGUCUUUUCGUGGACUUUCUGACUCCUGGAUAUGAGCGUCUGUCUGGCGUAUAUACGGCUAGAGUUGGAAUUACACGGGAAGAAGCCAUCGGAUUUCGAUUUUGCUGUGUCCAGGCCAUUUCCACAAGGCACGGAUCCGGAUUUCUUUUAUAAUAGCAAAGAGGAAUUUUUGAGCGCAUUACAGAUAUUGAGAGGAAAGCGUGCUUUUCGCGAGUACACUAUUGAAACCUACAACCCCGUAGCGGCGCAGCUCAGUAUGGAUGAUAUCCCUCCCCAUGAACGACUGAGAAAUCGAUCCAGAACUACCUCAACAGCGAAAUCUGAAUCCUCUGAAAGCGCUUCGGGUGAAAUUGUUCAAAAUGACGAAUUUCUGGUCAAUUUUUAUUAUGGCAAUCCCAGUGUGGAGAUGGUAAAAGGAAUUCUCCACCUGUAUCGCGAUAAUGAGCGGACAUCCUUAAAACCUGGGAUCGCUCGCAGUACUCUGUUGUGCAUGUUAUCUGUGCCAGCGCAUUUGUCGAUAAGAGAUCUCUUGGCAUUCACUGCAUCGUUCUCUCCAGAAAUCGAGCGGCUGCGCAUUAUACGCGACCAAGCGCCCAGUCAGUACAUGGUGUUAUUGCGUUUCAAAAAUCAGGAAGCUGCAGAUCGGUUUUACGACCAUUUCAAUGGCGUUCCAUUUAAUUCUAUCGAAGCCGAUAUAUGUCGUCUGGCUUACGUUGGAAAAGUGGACGCUGUCGAAGAUAUAGAGGGAGGAGGAAUGCGCCCAUACCCAGGAACAACGGAGCUACCAACAUGUACUGUUUGUUUGGAUAAAAUGGAUGAAGGAUCUACAGGAAUUCUCACCAUUCUUUGUAACCAUUCGUUCCACGGGGCCUGCCUGCAGCAGUGGGGCGAUACAAGCUGUCCAGUGUGUCGGUACUUCCAGACGCCACAGGCAUCGGAAGAGCAGACAUGCGUUCAGUGUGGAAUGGUUUCAGAUGAUUUGUGGCUGUGUUUGAUAUGUGGUCAUGUAGGAUGUGGGCGGUAUUCCGGAAAGCACGCAGAAGCGCAUUUUAAGGAAACGCAACAUACGUAUGCGUUAAAUAUUAAAACGCAGAGGGUUUGGGACUAUUUUGGAGAUGGUUACGUGCAUCGGCUAAUUCAAGGCCAAAGUGCCGACAAAAUGGUGGAAAUGGAGGAUGGAUCAGGAAAUAUGGACGAAAAAAUGGAAUCAAUUACGCUCGAAUACAGUUUUCUCCUGAAUGCCCAACUGGAAUCCCAACGGCAUUACUACGAAUCAAAAAUGCGGAAGCAAAAGGAAGCGAUUGAGGCACUGAAACGAGAAUUAACCAGCCGAGAGGCGGAAAAUGAUAAUCUCGCAGCUGUCAGUGCUGAGAAAAGGCGGUUUGAAAUCCAAGUCAAACAACACGCGCUAACGAUAGACAAUCUGAGGAAAGAGAAACUGGAGUUGGAAGAGAGACUCAGACAUUAUAAGAAACAAAACGACGAUUUACUACGUCAAGUAGACACGGUCCAAACUAAUCAAGAAGACUUUCAGACUGUUACUAAAGAAAAGGAGGCGCUCGAGAAAAAGCUUAAUCAGCUCACGGCCCAGCUUGUUAAGGUAACGAAAGAAUUAAACAACGAACAGCAACUGAGCAAAGGACUGAUGGAAAACCAAAAAGAAAUCCAGGUUUUAUUGGAGAUAAUUUCUCAGAAAGAUCGAGAAAAAAGCGACCUUCAAGAACAGCUGGCAGAUCUGAUGUUCCAUAUGCAGGCGCAACAGAAAAUUUCUGAAAUGCCAGACGAAAUCCGUGGUGAAAUUGAAGAAGGCAACACGAUGGUUGGUGAUCGCCAAAUUCCGAGAACUGCACGAAAUCGACGUAGACGUCCAUAAAUUUAAGAAAUCUUUUGGUUGUGUCUGAUUUUUGAUCCACGAUUUUCUGGUUUUAUUUGUCGCUUUGUCUUUCACAUAGGUGUUUUUAAACUUUUAUUACAAACAGUUCUUCCCCGAAAUAGGUUUGUACUGGACACAUGGUGUCCUUGCAGUAACACUUGUACUUCUAGUUUCUACAAAACGAGUACAGAAGUAAUAAAUCGUAAAAAUCAA